GUCGCAUAUAAAAGCCGGCGAUAGCCGCGGUCGCAGUUCCACACGACGAGUGAGCGCGUCAAGAUGGCGUGGGGAAGGCGUCUUGUUGUGGGCUUAGCGCUCCUCGGGCUGGUAGCGGCAGUCUCCGCCCUCCAACAAAGAGAAUACCAAAGAAUAAAACGGGCGCCGCAGCCAGUGCCCAGGAGAUGGAGGCGGCAGGCCGAGGAGGGCAGCAAGAAGGAGGAGAGCUUCGAGGCGGAGCUGUGCAAGGAUAAGGAUGCGGGCGAGUGGUUCAGACUGGUGGCCGGCGAGGGCGACAACUGCAGAGACGUCAUCCAGUGCACGUCAUCGGGUCUUCAGGCCAUCCGAUGCCCCGCCGGUCUGUACUUCGACAUUGAGAAGCAGACCUGUGACUGGAAGGACGCCGUGAAGAACUGCAAGCUGAAGAACAAGGAGCGCAAGGUGAAGCCUCUGCUCUACACCGACGAGCCCCUCUGCCAGGACGGCUCCCUCGCCUGCGGUGACGGCGCCUGUAUCGAGAGGGGACUCUUCUGCAACGGCGAGAAGGACUGUAACGAUGGCUCUGACGAAAACUCUUGCGACAUCGAGAACGACCCCAACCGCGCCCCGGCCUGCGACCCGGCCGUGUGCGUGCUGCCCGACUGCUUCUGCUCGGAGGACGGCACCACCAUCCCCGGCGACCUGCCCUCCAAGGACGUCCCCCAGAUGAUCACCAUCACCUUCGACGACGCCAUCAACAACAACAACAUUGAGCUGUACAAGGAGAUGUUCAACGGCAAGCGCAAGAACCCCAACGGUUGCGACAUCAAGGCCACCUUCUUCGUGUCCCACAAGUACACCAACUACUCGGCUGUCCAGGAAACGCACCGCAAGGGCCACGAGAUCGCCGUGCACUCCAUCACCCACAACAACGACGAGCAGUUCUGGAGCAACGCCACGGUCGACGACUGGGCCAAGGAGAUGGCGGGCAUGAGGAUCAUCAUCGAGAAGUACGCCAAUCUGACCGACAACUCGGUGGUGGGCGUGCGCGCGCCCUACCUGCGUGUGGGUGGCAACAACCAGUUCACCAUGAUGGAGGAGCAGGCCUUCCUGUACGACUCGACCAUCACCGCCCCGCUGUCCAACCCGCCCCUGUGGCCCUACACCAUGUACUUCCGCAUGCCUCACCGCUGCCACGGCAACCUGCAGCACUGCCCCACCCGCUCGCACGCCGUCUGGGAGAUGGUGCUCAACGAGCUCGACCGUCGUGAAGACCCCAACUUCGACGAGAACAUACCCGGCUGCGCCAUGGUCGACUCUUGCAACAACAUCUUGACGGGCGACCAGUUCUACAACUUCCUCAACCACAACUUCGACCGGCACUACGACCAGAAUAGGGCGCCGCUUGGCCUCUACUUCCACGCCGCCUGGCUCAAGAACAACCCCGAGUUCCUCGACGCGUUCCUGUACUGGAUCGACGAGAUCCUGGCCAACCACAACGACGUGUACUUCGUGACCAUGACACAGGUCAUCCAAUGGAUCCAGAACCCGCGCACCAUCGCCGAGGUCAAGAACUUCGAGCCCUGGAGGGAAAAGUGUGUCGUCGAGGGCAAGCCUGCCUGCUGGGUGCCCCACUCGUGCAAGCUGACCAGCAAAGAGGUUCCCGGCGAAACCAUCAACCUGCAGACCUGCAUCCGGUGCCCCAACAACUACCCCUGGCUGAACGACCCCACCGGCGACGGCUUCUUCUAAGUCAUUCAAACUCCCCCGCGCCUGAUUCCCUCCUUCCCUAGUAUGAUCUAGU